CCUUCUCUUCUAGGGAUUUGUUAUGAUGGCGGAGAGCGAGGCCCAGCGGUCGGCAUGGGAGAGCGCUCAGCGCUUGAAAAUCAGCGUGGAUCUCGUCGACGCUGCCAAGGAGGAGCUGGAGUUCCUGGCGCUCGUCGAUCGGAUCCCGCGGCUCUACGAGGGAGAAGCCCUGAACCAAGCGAUCCACAGGUACACGAGCUUUUGGCUUCCCUUUGCUGCCGCCUAUGAUCAGAACGAUGGCGCAAAGCUUCCGCUGGUGCCGCCCUUGGAUUGUGCAUGGGUUUGGCAUUGCCACAGGCUCAGCCCGGUGCGAUAUGCGCAAGAUUGCAAGGCUUUGUUUGGGAAGAUCGUGGAUGCUCCUUUGGCUUCACCGCAGAGCAAGGAUGCGGCAACCAUUGAGACACAGAAACUCUGGAGUGCCAGAUUUCCGGACGAGCCUUUCAACUUGGACGUGAACUAUAAGAGUAGUCAUUCUUCAUCAAUUCCGGAGGAAGAAGGCCGCAAAAAGCUUGCUCAGUACCUCGAAGGCGCUGUCUCUAGGCAAAAAUCUUUCUAUUAUCAGGUCUCUCAGGCCCACUAUUUGGAAGAGAGCUUCCUGAAAGCGGCAGAACAAAGAUACAAAGGGUUUUUGUAUCUGAUGACGCUGGGUUCGACCUUCUUCGUCCCCACUUACGACGUCGACGUAAUGUGGCACGCUCACCAGCGAAGCCCGGCUGCUUAUCAUCAGGACUUGAUCAGGAUUUUGGGUACAGUGCUGGAUCACGAUGAUACCGACAGUGACAGAACAAAAGGGAGGAAGCUAGACAACGGGUUUACAAAGACUCGAGAUAUCUGGGAGAAGACUUACGGCUUUCCUUACGAAAAAGCCGGUUGCAUGUACCGAGGGGAUCAACCAUCCGUGCUGCCGAAACCGACUGGAUCAGUGAACAGGCCUUUACCAUCACUCGAUCAAGCGUUCCUGACGGCAAGAAAAACUUUGCAGGUUCGUCUGGCUGUUCUUUCUGCUCGGAACGUUCCUGCGGAGAAGUCUUCAUCGACGUUUGUGAGCUUGUCAACCUUCGCGAACUUCUUAACUCAGACACCGGAAGUAGCAACAGCAUCUCCAAAUCCUCAAUGGGAUAAGCUCUGGCAGCUCGAGUGCGAUGCUGCCGCUGGUGGUCUUGUUCUGGAGCUCCGGCAACGCAGGAAGGGUUUCCUGGGGUUGUCCAAGGGAUCAAAGCUUCUUGGCGCGCUGACAAUCACUUGGAAGAUGAUCCUCGAGACGUCAACUCUCUCGCUCCACGGCUGGUUCCCGCUGUUUACUCCCGAUGGCGUGACUACGGAUAAGGUGCCGUCUCUUCGCGUGGAAGUAUCAGUGACGCCUCCUGUUCGCGCUCCGUAUGUCAUGAAAGUUACCAAGCCUGAACUGCGUGGCGAAAAACACCUGGCUAAAGUCCUCGACCAUACAAACAAGGAUGUCUUCCAUGCGCACACAAGUUUCUCUUCCGGUGUGAGAUCAAUUACGGUGGCUGCCACACACAAUGCAGGCCAUAAACUAGUGUUGUUGGCGGUCGCUGAAACUCCAAACUUGUGGCAAUGGUCUUUGGACGGUGAUUGCACCAUUGUCAUAGGAAGGAAUGCGGAAUAUGAAGUACAUUUUGGAGCUUGUGGUGACGGCUGUCCGGUGACGCUUUUAGCUGGAAGAAAACUUCAGUUCGCAUUGGCAGGAACUAAAGACGUCAACGAAGGCUUUGUGACAUUAACUCGCUAUCUUCCCGAAGCUCCAAAUGGAAAGGCGACUGCGCUCUUCAACUGGAAGACUGGCUACAUGGAGGUCACGGUCGAAGAAAACACGAUGUUGGUAGCGGCAUUGCUGUGUGCCACAGCCACUUCAAUGGCUUGUUUGUCCCUAGGCAAUCAGAAGCCAGUAACGAAAUCUCUAACUAGCAGAAGCUAUCGAGAGUCCCGCGGGUUUGGCCUUUUCGGCCGGCACCAGCGUUCCAAACUAUCCGCCUGUGACAUCUUUCUUCCCGAGGCCGUCAUCUUAGCCAGUGCCGGAUGUGGGGGUGGCUGCAAUGGGAACUGCGGAGGUAAAACAGGAUCAGGAUCACCACACCAUCCUAAAGGAGGAGCUUGUGGAUCCGGGUGUGGAGGUGCCGGUGGCUGUGGAUCAUCGCUUCCAAAAGCCGGUGCUCAUGACUCCAAAGGAGGAGCUUGUGGAUCUGGCUGUGGAGGUGGCGGUGGCUGCGGUGGUGGCUGUGGAUCAUCACUUCCAAAGGAUGACUCCAAGGGAGGAGCUUGUGGAUCCGGGUGUGGAGGCGGCGGUGGCUGCGGUGGUGGCUGUGGAUCAUCACUUCCAAAGGAUGACUCCAAGGGAGGAGCUUGUGGAUCCGGAUGUGGAGGUGGCGGUGGCUGCGGUGGUGGCUGUGGAUCAUCACUUUCAAACGCCGGAGCUCAUGACUCCAAAGGAGGAGCUUGUGGAUCCGGCUGCGGUGGUGGCUGUGGAUCCUCAGUUUUCAAAGCCCAGGAUCACAACAUCGUUGGAUCUUCGAUUCCGAAUGGAUCAUGAUCAACACAUUCAAAUGCAAACUGGCUCUAGUGGACGAAGCUGUAAAUUUCUCGCUACCGUACGAGGAUGUUCUUACUUUAGCGUUGCUACCGUACAUGGGUUGCUUUUGUGAAUAGAAUCCUUUCCGAUGAUUUCUAACAUAUAUAAAAUAUCAGCCAGUCGUUUUGUCCUGGCGCGCUGCGAUCA